ACUUCACAGCCAAAACACAACAUGGCUGAACCAGAUGCGAAGGACGCAACGGCCAGUGGCGCGUCCGCAGGGCCAGCAAAGGCUCCCAAGCCUCAGAAUCCUGUGUUCAGGAUGAUGGGCCUUCCCAACAUUCGCAUGAAGCUCCCCUCGCGCAACUGGUGCAUAUUCUGGGGCAUCGUUGGAUCAUGGACAGCCGCAGUCCAAUACGACCGUUAUGAGAAGAGGCGCAUACAUAGGAAGUAUGCGAGACUGGUAGAACACAUCGCGCAAGAGCCGCUGGAUGCGCAACAACUACCACGGAAACUCUCCAUCUACAUCUCUGCCCCGCCGGCUGAUGGCCUUGUGUCUGCGCGCGAGCACUUCACAGAAUACGUCAAACCCAUAUUGGUCGCCGCUGCGCUCGAUUGGGAUGCGGUCGAGGGUCGAAGGGAAGGGGAUGUCAGAGCUGGACUGGCUGAGCGGAUACGAAAGCUGAGAUACAAGAGGGGCGAGAAGGCCAACGAGCCUAUCGAACUAGGUACAGAGGACGACAUCGAAGAGUUGAGGCAGAGAUCCGGCGUGAAGGGCUGGGAUGGGCCUGCUGGAGACAUCGUUGUUGGGAGACACACAUGGAAAGAAUACGUCAGGGGUCUUCAUGAGGGUUGGCUAGGGCCUCUCGACCCUCCUGCGCCAGCAGAAUUGCCUGUUGAGCUUGCGGCGCCUGCGGUCGAAUCAGCGCCAGCACCUACACCUGCACCGACCGAGGCCGCACCCGAGGCUCUUGCAGCUACCGCUACCACUGUUCACUCAUCGACCACCGCUACCCCUGAGGCCCCCAAGACAGAAGAAGCCGAGAAGCCCAAGGAGGAAGAAAAGAAGGACAAGAAGAAGAAGCAACCCGCACCCUUCAACACCACCGCCGACUACGAACACUCCGCUGUUGCCCCUACAUGCCCUCGCUCCCUCGGUCCUACCGCCAUUGUACCUCUCCCUCACCUUCUUGGAUUCUGGAACUUCCCUAUCCGCAUUUACCGCUACUUGAACAAGCGCGCCGUGGCAGAGGAAGUUGGCAGAGAGACAGCUGCGGCUGUGCUCGGUGCUUUCCGAUCCUUUGAAGCAGCUGGAGAGGCGUCCAGCGAAGACGACAGCAGCGCACAGUGGGAACAGCAAGGAAUACUUGCGCACGAAGAGUCGAAUUGGCAUAAGUCCACACGUGAGCGCAAGGACGACAACGGCAAGGAGCGCGUGUGGUUGGAUGAUAUGGUACUUGACCCUCGCAUUGCUGAGCGCAUGAAGAGGUUUGUGCUGGAGCCUGAGGCAGAAGACCGCGCCAAGAACAUCAACACUUCUUCAGACCACUCUUGGAUCAAGUCCUUGUGGCCUGCGGAGAAGAAGAAGCCCAUGUGGGAGGGUUUGGCUGAAGAUGAGUAGGGCCGCUGCUCGAGAAACCCUUUUCGUCGUUGUGUUCUAUAUUUAAGACAUGUAAGAGUAGAUAUGUAGCAUGAUGCAUGGACGGCGCAAUUGUAUACCACACGAUUCCAAUCAAGAUAAUUCCUUU